AUGGCGUCUGGCGUCUGGCUAAAGGUUUUAACCUACGAGAUAUUAGAGACGAGCUGUUUGUUUGUGAAUUUUUCUAAAAAUGUUAGAAACAGAAUUCUUAGGGAAUCACCGUGGAACUUUGAUAAACAACUUAUCCUAUUCGAACCUAUGACUGGAUAUAUGCAGCUGAACAACAUGAUUAUCAAUCAUUGUCCAGUAUGGGUGAGAAUUUACAAUUUACCGUUGAACUGUAGAGGUAGAGCUGCAAUCAGGAAGCUGUGGAUGAAGAUUGGUAUCGUCCUGGAUAUCGAUCCCGGAGAUAAUGGUGAAUGUAAUCGUUACGGUCGAGUUAGGGUUGAAAUGGAUAUUUCAAAACCAAUAGUUAGAGGCACAAAAGUUAUCAAUCCUCUUGGCGAUCAAUGCUGGAUUUCGUUCAAAUAUGAACAUAUUCAUAAUUUUUGCUAUUGGUGCGGGAUGUUAGAUCAUUUAGCUGCGGAUUGUGAGGAUAAACUGGAGGAGAUUGAGGAUUAA